CCCACUUUAAGUUUAUCCUUUUAUUUUAUUUUAUUUUUAUUUUUAUUUUUUUUUAUUCAUUUCCACGAAAAAAAAAAAUGAACUCUUUACGUUUCAUUACUCGCCGUUGCUUCACAACUGUUCAUCCCGGUACUCGUCCUAAUAUUACGGAUGGAUUCAUUGGCGCCAUUGGCAAUACACCUCUCAUUCGUUUAAACAAAUUAAGCGAAGAAACUGGUUCAGAGAUAUUAGCUAAAGCAGAAUUCAUGAAUCCAGGUGGUUCUGUCAAGGACAGAGCUGCUCUGUAUGUCGUGAAAGAUGCUGAAGAAAGGGGGCUAAUCAAAGCUGGCGGAACUGUUGUUGAAGGGACUGCAGGAAACACAGGUAUUGGCUUAGCUCAUGUUUGUCGUGCUAAAGGAUAUAAAUGUGUUAUCUAUAUGCCCAAUACUCAGUCACAAGAGAAAAUUGAUUUGCUACGUAUGUUGGGGGCUGAAGUAUUCCCUGUUCCUGCUGUCGCAUUUGAUAAUCCUCAAAAUUAUAAUCAUCAAGCUAAACGUCAUGCAGAGUCUCUUGAGAACGCUGUCUGGACAAAUCAAUUUGAUAAUAUUGCUAAUCGUCGUGCUCAUAUUGAGACGACAGGACCUGAAAUUUAUGCGCAAACGAAUGGUGAGGUAGAUGGGUUUGUAUGCGCUACUGGUACAGGUGGAUCCCUUGCAGGUACAGCACGCUUCUUGAAGGAAAGAUCAGAGGGUCGUGUCAAGGUGUUUCUCGCAGACCCACCUGGAUCUGUUCUUUAUAGCUAUUUCACAAGUGGACAUAAGCUAUUUGAAAGAUCUGGGUCAUCAAUUACUGAAGGUAUUGGCCAAGGCCGUAUUACGGAUAAUUUAGCACCUGAUGUGGAUCUUAUUGAUGGUGCAGUUCACGUUAAGGAUGAAGAUACCAUUCAUAUGUUAUACAGAUUGUUAGAUGAGGAAGGCAUUUAUGUAGGUGCAUCCUCAGCUUUGAAUGUUUGUGCUGCUGUUCAAAUGGCAAAACAACUUGGUAAAGGCUCUAAAAUCGUAACUCUUUUAUGUGAUGGUGCCUAUCGUUAUCAAUCACGUCUAUUCAGUCGUCAAUGGUUAGAAUCAAAAAACUUGACAGAUGCUAUACCUUCUCAUUUGAAGAAAUAUGCUGUCUUACCUUAGAAAAUUUUCAUUGAGUUUCAAAAAAAAAAAAAAAAAAA